UUCAAGUUAAAGGCAGCCUGACAGCCGAGCGGAGCGCAAUUCAAUCCGCAAUGUCGGUCUGGUGGCUGUGGGAGCAGCUGGAUGCUCGGAGCGCCCUCAUCUUCAUCGUGGUGCUGUUGCUUGUGUCCGAUUACCUGAAGAACAGGGAUGGCAAAAACUUCCCGCCGAGUCCUAUUUGGGUGCCGUUUGUGGGCGACUUGUUGAGUAUGACUUCUGAUCAGCCGCACCAGUACUUGGCAAAGCUUACAGAAAAGUAUGGAGAUAUCUACAGUCUGAGACUUGGAGGAAGUAAAACUGUAAUUGUCAACGGGUACAAGUUGGCCAGGGAGGCUCUGCUGACGCAAGGAUAUGCCUUGACUGGCCGGCCACAACCUGCUAUUUAUGACAGGAUCUACAAAAAACCUGGCAUGGCAUUAAGUAACGGGUACACCUGGAAAGAGCACAAGAGGUUCGUUUUGACCACACUGAGAAACUUUGGAGUUGGAAAGAAGAGCUUAGAGUCCAUCAUCAUGGAGGAGGCCAAGUUCUUUGUAGAAGCCUUUGAGGAGGAGAGAGGCCAGCCAUUUAAUCCUCAUUAUAUGAUUAACAACGCCGUCUCCAACAUCAUCUGCUCGAUCGUCCUUGGUCAUCGAUUUGAGUACAGCGACAGCCACUACCGAGAGAUCCAACAUCUGAUGAACAAGGGUGUAUUUUUGGAAGGAAGUUGGUGGGCUUGGGCUUACAAUGCGUUUCCUCGACUCAUGAGGUACUUACCAGGGGAUCACAACAAGCUUUUCUCAAGCUAUGGAAAAGUUCAGGAUUUUCUGAGAGAAGAAAUCAGAAACCAUAAGAAGGACUUGGACCCGACGUCCCCUCGUGAUUUCAUUGACGCCUACCUCAAGGAAAUGGAAAAGCGCAAAAAUGACCCUGCAGCUGAAUUCAACGACGAUGCUCUGUGCUCAGACACCUUUGACCUGUUUGUGGCUGGAAGUGAAACGACUGCCACGGCCAUCCGCUGGGCUCUGCUCUUCAUGGCUCAAAACCCACACAUACAGGAAAAAGUCCAAGCCGAGAUUGACAGUGUAUUGGGCCAAACUCAUCUGCCAUCGAUAGAGGACAAAAUCAACAUGCCGUACACCGAGGCAGUGGUUCAUGAGAUCCAGAGGGUGGGCGACAUUGUUCCCGUGAACCUUGUGAAAAUGACCAUGGAGGACAUGACAAUUGGAGGCUACUUAAUUCCAAAGGAUACGGCCGUACUCAUUAAUCUGAGCUCAGUCCUCCAUGACAAGAAUGAGUGGGAGACCCCUGACACAUUUAAUCCUGGACAUUUUCUCACCCCGGAUGGGAAGUUCCGGCGAAAGGAAGCCUUUAUGCCUUUCUCAGCUGGAAAGCGGCCCUGUUUGGGUGAACCACUGGCAAAAAUUGAGCUUUUCCUAUUUUUCACAUGUCUCCUGAGAAAGUUCACCUUCCGUGCCCCUGAAGGAACAAGCCUGACAUCAGAUGCCAUCACUGGCUUCACGCGUGCCCCUGUGCCUUACAAAAUCUGUGCCAUCCCUCGUGGUCAGACUGCUUGAUGUUUGCUUUUAUGAACCUUACGAUGCUUUGCACUAAAGUCUGUUUCUCUUCUUUUUUAAGUGUUCUAAUAUAUGCAGUUCGGAUCAACAAAGAUCUUGCAUAUUAAGUUUAUAUGAACCCGUUAGGCACUAAGCCAUUUUUGGGAUUAUUAUAACUAAUUUACAAACCCAAAAAUAAACAUCUAUUAGUCAUUUCUUGUAAAAAAGAAGCUGCAAAUGGCAGAAGAGUAGCAAUUGUUAAAAGAAAGUGACUAACUGACUUAAAACAUUUGUUUACACCAAUAGCAACUAAAUAAAACUCAAUAAAAUGUG